AUGACCGGAUUCCUGGACAAAGAAGUUUUCGGUAAUUAUAUGCUGCCCUCGGCCGUCUUGGGCUUGUUUGUGAUUCUGAUAUGGUGUUGGUCGACAAAAUCGACAAUCCCAACUGUCAACUCAUAUUCUGGCGAUAUCGCUUUGAAGAAGGCCCAUUCGGAAUUUAUGACAAACGCUAGGGGCCUGAUCAAAGAAGGAAUUGAGAAGUUCAACGGCCCGUUUCGAAUUAUCACCACUCUUGGCUCCAGAGUCAUUCUCCCAGCAUCUUAUACGGAAUGGCUGAAGAAUUGUUCCGAUUUAGAUCACCAGGAGCUGGUCCAUGACGAAUAUUUCGCAGCGUACCCUGGCAUGGAGGGACAGAAGGUUGUCACUGAUCCGAGGAAGAUUCUCAUCGACGUCACCAAGAAGAAAUUGAAUCAGAAUAGUCAGUGUGAAUUGUUCUCAGAUCACCUCGCAGAGGGCCUGAAAGAAAUCUGGAUGGAAGACUAUGACUGGCAAGCCGUUGAUUGGUCUCAGCACGUUAUUCGUUUCGUUGGGCGAAUGUCGGCAUCUGUCUUCGUCGGCCCGGAACUAGCUCGUGAUCCUAAAUGGCAGGAGCUUAUUAUGGCGUCUACUUUGAAUACCUUUAUGGGAGUUCGAUCACUCCGCGCCUGGCCUGCUUUCCUCCGCCCAAUUGUUCAUUGGUUCUUGCCAGAACUCAAACAAUGCCGGAAGCAAAUGCGCCUCGCUCGUUCUAUGCUGCAGCCAAUCUUCGAGCAAAGGGCUUACAGCAAAUCCACCUCCUCUGAAAGCCAUAAGGCAGAAAAGUUUGAUGAUACUAUACAAUGGCUCGAGGAGGUUGCUGCUGGCCGCCCCUACGAUGCCGCUGCCGCGCAAAUAGCAUUUGCAAUUAGCGCAAUGCACACAACUUCUGAGCUACUCAAGCAAGCCUUGUUGGACAUUUGCAUGCAUCCAGAAUUGAUUCCAGAUAUCAGAUAUGAAGCAAGUAAGGCAGUUGAAGAUAGUGGAUGGUCGACUGCUGGCGUUUUCAAAAUGAAGCUUCUCGACAGUGUUGUGAAGGAGACACAAAGGCUGAAGCCUGGAUCAUUAGUGAAUCUGGAGCGAAAGGUGUUGCGGGACGUUGUCCUUCCAAAUGGCAUGACGAUUCCCCGUGGAACUAACAUUGCCGUUGAUUCGUCUAUGAUGUGGGAUCCCGCUAUCUAUCCCGAUCCUUUUGUUUAUGACGGCUACCGUUUCCUUCGGCUACGUGAAUCUGGCAAUACAGGUGCAGCAUUAGCUUCUUCGAGCCCGGAGCAUAUCGCCUUCGGGAUUGGGAAGCCAAUCUGCCCUGGUAGGUUCUUUGCCAGUAAUGAAGUCAAGAUUGCACUGGCCAAGAUUCUGUUGACUUACGAUGUUCGACUACCGGAAGGAACCAAGCCAAAGGUUGUUGAAAUGGGAUUUGAAAUGUUGAGCGACUUGAGCGCGAAGUUGGAAAUUAGGAAACGACCGGGCUUGUAA